UUCUCUAGUUGACAGGUCCAGGAACAGUAGCUCGGGAACUAACUAAAGAUAUCAUAGAUAUAUGUUAUAUUUUGACCUCUUUUACAUCGUUCAAGUGAUUUGAUUUGCAUGUCUUUGUUUACUAAUGUCAGGUUUUGACAAAAACAUUUUUUGUCUCGAGUUAACUUUGCAGUCUGACCGUAAACGCAGAACAAAAUGGCGAAGCGCAGGGAGGAGUUGUGUUGAAAAUAACUAUUUAAAAAAAAAACAAUAUUAUUAUUAUUAACCACCACCAAGCUGUUUCUGUUUUGUCUGACACUCGGUCCUCUUGGCACAUUCACAACACUUUGACCAUUCACCUUGUCUGGUCAAUCAAUUUUAAAAAACGACGAGGUGAAUUAUUAUAACGCUGAUCAAUGCGUUAACUAGGACAAAAUGGCGAUUGGGUUAUGACUAAAUGUUAUCUAUCCGACUUAGUGUAUAGUUGUUAUUCUACUAGUUUAUCACAAUAUUUUGACGGUGCAUUCUACAUCCACGUCUCUAGUGAAACAACCACUAAUGCCGUGAUAACUAAAUUAGUUGGGCCCAAGCCAGUGUUCAGAUACUAGAUAACUGUCGCCUGGUUUCUUUGCUAUAUAGGUUUGGUCUUAAGGCAUAUAAACACAGUGACUGAUGCAGCUCAGUCAGACAAAAUGGCGUUGCUUAGCCAAGUUGAAGGGUCAAAGUAGAGAAAGUUGUCUAUUCAAAGUUAUACGGGCCUGGAAGAAAAGAAGAAAAAAAAAGUCGCAGUCUUUGCCAGACGAUGUCGUAUGAUUAGACACAAGCAUGGACUUAAUGGCAUGUAUUGGUUUUAUGAAUGUCAAGUUGCUCCCGUUGUUCAUAUUUUCCUUUUUGUGUGUGUGUGUGUUUUCAGACAGAGUUUGUCAACAGCAGGGUCUGUCUCUCUGGGUUCCCUUCCAGAACGCAGCUACUGCCGUCACCAACCUAUACAAAGAGUCACUAGAGUCCCACCAGCGGAGCUAUGAGUUGGGGGUCCAGCGGGCGUACCAGCGUCGUAAUAAAGACAUGCUGGCCUGGGUGAAGAAGAGGAGGAGAAACAUCAGGAGGGAGGACCUCAUCAGCUUUUUGUGUGGCAAGGCCCCGCCCCCACGCAACCCCCGUCGCGACGCACAGACACCCAAACACGGCCACGCCCUCUCUGUGAUGUCGCCCGGCAGGCCGCCGUCCACGGAGAGCGGGUCGUCUGUCGAGGCUGACCUGCAGCCCUUCAGAGAGGCCAUCGCACUGCACGGCCUGAGUGGGGCGAUGGCCAGUAUAUCCGUUCGUUCCGGUGCCCCUGGCUCUCCGACGCACCUAACACGCGACAGCCCCGCCACUCCGCAGCCGGGUCGUAACCGUAGGAACGGUCUCCACGACGUCGACCUGAACACCUUCAUCGCCGAGGAGAUGGCGCUCCAUUUGGAGAACGCCGCGGCCACCGCUGCAGCCAAUAGGAAGAGGGCGUCUGCCCAGUGCAGUGACGUCAUCACAGACUCGCCCACCCAUAAACGCAACCGGAUGCUCUGAGUGUCCCCGGAUAUCACGCACACACACACACAUCGACCACACACGCACACACACGCACAUCGACCACACACGCGCACACACACGCACACGCACACACAUCGACCACACACGCACGCACACGCUCAAGGCACGUUUCACACACACACAAAUUGCACACACUAGAUAUUUCUACUUUGCUAUAUCGCGGCCCGAGCUGAUUGGAUGAUGACUCGCCCACCAGGCUGGCCAAUCAAACCCUCCCAACCUGGCACCUCCCCCUCUGUUGUUUAUAAAAAUAAAAUAAAAAAGAGAAAUGUAAAUGAUUAAAAAGCCACUUAUCCCCUCCUCCCUCCGUCAUCCCUCCUUUCCUGCGUUCCCUCCUUUCCUCGUGGUUGGCAUGACAACGACUUGGAAUGAUAGCACAAACAGACUGGUAGCUCACCAGCAGCCUGUCUAGACCUCUGGGAUGAAACUGUGUUGGCCAUGUGUUCUGAGUGGUGGGCUAGGUGGGGAAAUGGGACAGACCUGUCCCCCCCCCCUAGAGGUGUGUUGGGGUCCUGAGGCCUAGAAGCCUUCCUGUAUAGUAGCCCCUCCCCCCCUCCUGUUACUAGAGGUGUGUUGGGGUCCUGAGGCCUAGAAGCCUUCCUGUAUAGUAGCCCCUCCCCCUUCCUGUUACUAGAGGUGUGUUGGGGUCCUGAGGCCUAGAAGCCUUCCUGUAUAGUAGCCCCUCCCCCCCUCCUGUUACUAGAGGUGUGUUGGGGUCCUGAGGCCUAGAAGCCUUCCUGUAUAGUAGCCCCUCCCCCCUCCUGUUACUAGAGGUGUGUUGGGGUCCUGAGGCCUAGAAGCCUUCCUGUAUAGUAGCCCCUCCCCCCUCCUGUUACUAGAGGUGUGUUGGGGUCCUGAGGCCUAGAAGCCUUCCUGUAUAGUAGCCCCUCCCCCCUCCUGUUACUAGAGGUGUGUUGGGGUCCUGAGGCCUAGAAGCCUUCCUGUAUAGUAGCCCCUCCCCUCUCAAGCGACUGUGGCUCUUGUCUCCCUCCUCUCUGUGUGUGUUGGACAGAACUGCCACUAAGUGUGUGUGUGACUUUGCCUUUUGAGGAAGCUGCUAUCUCUGGCACAGCGGGAAGUUCUGGGUUGUGUGUCUGCCAGCACGUGUGUGUGUGUGUCUGUGUGUGUGUGUGUGUGUGUGUGUGUGUUCGUUGAGCACAAUCCUGACUGGAUUCAUGUGUAUUUGUGUUUUUGUUUUAUAAAGCCUCCACCCCAAUAGCUCUUCCUGUCUGCUCUCUCUAACCUUUAACCCCAAGUCCUCUUAUCUACAGUGUAUAUACGCUAUGACAACUAGGUUCUGCUGUUGUAUGAUGCAGACAUACAUGUGGUACAUAUUGUAAAAAAAAUAAAAAAUAAACAAUUGUAAAAAAAAAAGAAAAAGAAAUGCAAAACCAUUUGAAUUGUUUAAAAUGUAAAAUAAUGAUUCUGGCAUUAAACAAACCAAGCUUUUAACUAUG